UUCCUGGUCAUCCCCGUCAAUGCCAAAACUCACCAACUGCACUACCAAUCCAUUUGGAAGAGAUAUCUCCACAUCCGAAGUCACUUGGAUUUCCUCCUUGGUACCAAUAGGGGCUUCAGUGGGGCCUUUCCUCUUCGGUUGGAUGACGAAUAAGUUUGGAAGGAAAUUCACCAUUCUGUCGUUUGGAGUACCGUUUCUGAUAUCUUACCUGAUGAUGGCGUUCUCUACCACGGUGGAGUUAUUCUACGUUGCUAGAUUCGUUGUGGGGGUGACUCUAGGAGGGUGUUUCACGGUACUGCCUAACUAUUUAGGGGAAGUAGCGGAGAAGAGGAACAGAGGAGCGUUGGGUUCUUGUAUGGGGAUAGCAGUUGCAAUUGGACUGUUCUUUUCCUACUGUGUAGGACCCUAUGUCAGUGUGAUGGUGUUCAACCUCAUAAUAGCAUUUCUUCCGGCCUCAUUUUUGGUGAUAUUCUCUUUAGUUGGAGAGGAAUGUGCCCACUAUCAUUUGAGCAGGAAUGAAGUUGACAUGGCCAGAGAAGUUCUUUAUAGGCUUAGAGAUAAAGGCUAG